UUUAAAAAGUAUACUGGUUCGUAUUUGUUGUAUUACAUACUUGAAGUGACUUACCGGCCGGCUGAUGGUUGAGUUGCGUGACAGAAAACAUGCUGUCUAGGUUCCAUCAUUAUCAUGGAUCAAAUAUUAUUCUUUUCGAAGACAACACCGUGGCCUAUAGAAAGACAAGUUUUGCGCAUGGGCUGACAUUUAGUGAGAAACCUUUACUGCCCGGUGAAAUAUUUUUGGUGGAAAUCGAGAAAACCGAACGGGGAUGGAGUGGUCAUAUGCGAUUAGGGUUAACACUGCUUGACCCGCAAACCGCUGCGCUCGGAGAUAAAGGACUUCCCCAGUACGCUUUACCUGAUUUAGCAAACACUGGUAUGUCAUGGAUCUUUCCCAUUUCGAAAUCUCAGAAUAAUGUACUGAUUGAGCUUGUCAACCAAGGGGCGAGCGGUCGCCGUGAAAAUGAGCCGAGAGUUUCAGUCCUAGGUGAUGGUCACAGUGUACGUACGCCUCGUGGUUUUAUAUCCAAAAUGUUACUAAGACCACAAAUAUUAUCACAGAAUGGUACACCACAAGGUAUAUUGCCAAUGGAUGCUGGUAGCAGAAUUGGCGUAAUGUUUGUUCCGUGCCCUAAAACAAGUAGAGAUGAACCGGAUAUGGCUGAGAUGCAUUUUAUAAUUAAUGGGGAAGAUCAAGGGCCAUGUACUAAAGCAAUACCAUACACUAGUGGACCACUACAUGCUGUGGUUGAUGUGUAUGGAACAACAAAACAAGUUAAAAUUGUACAAUUAUAUGGAGUGAAAUCUCUACAAAAUGUUUGCCGAGAUGCUAUACUUCAGUAUGUUAAUGAUGGAUCCGUUAAGGCACUGCCAUUGCCAAAGUGUUUGAAAGACUUUCUUCUCUCAUAGGUAUGGUGAAUGUGAUAUUUUAAUUUAUGGUGACAAUAACACUAUUAAUGUGGUACUUUAUUUUUAAACUUGACAACUAUUGUCGAAAUUGUGAAUUUAGUUUAUAUUCAAACAUGCUGUGCACAUGUUUAAAACAUUGAAGUAGAUAUUUCAAAAGUUUUGUUUUUUGAUAAAACAUUGAUUUAAUAUUAAAGGAAAUGUAAGUCUUAAAUGUAAUAUGACCUCAAAAGACAAUUAGUAUUUGAAAUGUUUGAUAAAAUUAUUUUAAAACAUAAUGUGCAGUGGCACUAAAAACAAUCAUGGUUAAAAAGUUAUUCUAUAUGUUUAUUAUUAUAAAGCACAAAAGUUUAUUAAUAAUGAUUAUUAUUAAAUCCACUUAUCCCUAAGGGUAAAGCUUCUUUGCUCUUCCAAUAAAAUAUACUGUCUCUUUCUAAAUAUAUAUUGGAUUUUAUAAAUGUAAGAAUUAUAGUGAGUUCCUAAAUUUAAUUUGAAAGUGUCCUAUCCCAUUUUAAAAUUGUUAUGAAUUCAACCAAAUAAUGGAACUGUAUAUAUUUAUGUGAAUGUAAUAUAAUAUGUAAUAAUCCUUAUAAUUAGAGAUAAUAAUAGGAUAAUAGGAUUUUAUAAAAGGUAAUACUUGAUAUAAUUAUUAUAAAAGACAUUAAUGGAAAUAAUAGUUUCAAAUGUAAACGAAAUACAAAAUGGAGGGAGAUUAGAGAUUAUAAUUUGGCAUAUUUGUAUAAAUAAAUUCAAUACUAUUAAUAAAUAAUAAAAUAAUCUAUAUGUAAAACUAUAGCACUCAUAUCCAAUGUAUAAAAAUAAUCUAGAUAUACUAAAGGUUCAUCAUCAUCAUCACCAGCUCACUAUACGUCCCCACCGAGGG